GCUUUUGCUCUUUUCUGGAAUAUAUAUGCAUAUAGGUACAGGAGGAAGCCCUUGCUACAUUCACAUACAUUUCUAUCCCUUAUACGGAUUAUUCACACAACGACAUUCAUAGAAAGCGCAUACUCCCCAUGGGUGCAUACCGAGCGGACGAUGAAUAUGAUUACCUGUUCAAGGUAGUAUUGAUCGGUGAUUCCGGCGUCGGAAAAUCCAAUUUGCUGUCCAGAUUCACCCGCAAUGAGUUUAGCUUGGAGUCCAAAUCUACCAUCGGAGUCGAGUUCGCCACCCGGAGCAUCCGCGUCAAUGAUAAAGUCGUCAAGGCUCAGAUUUGGGAUACGGCUGGCCAAGAACGAUAUCGUGCGAUUACAAGUGCUUACUACAGAGGAGCAGUAGGUGCAUUGCUGGUGUACGACGUCACCCGCCACGUCACAUUCGAAAACGUCGAGAGAUGGUUGAAGGAACUGAGGGAUCACACAGAUUCAAACAUCGUAAUCAUGCUUGUGGGCAACAAGGCCGACUUGCGCCACUUGCGAGCCGUAACUACAGAAGAUGCCACUGCUUUUGCCGAGAAAGAGAAGACCUUUUUCAUGGAAACUUCUGCCUUGGAAUCCACAAAUGUCGAGAAUGCAUUCACAGAAGUGCUUACGCAGAUACAUAGCAUCGUAAGCAGGAAAGCUCUCGAGGGUGGGGAUGAUCCAGCAGCAUUACCAAAGGGUCAAACUAUCAGUGUUGGCUCUAAAGACGAUGUUUCGGCUGUAAAGAAAGCUGGCUGCUGCUCUUCUUGAAUAAGAGAAUGCCGAAGGUGAAAGCCAUCUUUGUUUCUGUGCUGGAAGAUCUCAUUCAGCACAGUAACCAUCACUUUUGACUUUUUGGGCGCUUGGUUUCACCUUUGAUAUGCCCGACUGUCCGGUAAAGCCCGUGUUUUUUACCCGUGCUCCUAGAGCAUGGGCUUUUCGGUCAUUUUAUUACGUUUUUUUAAUCUACUACAUUUGGAUUGAAUUUGUAGCUGUAAUAUGGUAGUAGCUUCUGUCUUCUUAGAAUUUCAAUUGAUGGGAUAUACAUAUAUUUGAGUGUUUGUUAGGUAUGAACCUUUAAAUUUGUAACUGAAAUUCUGAUCCAUUCUUCACCCGUAUUUGAUUGUGAUUCGUUAACUACGAGUUAUUUUUGCCGAG